GGGUUUUUUUCGCGUUUACGUGCGCGCACCCUGUUCACGUGACCAUAUUUCCUGCUUCUGAUUGGUUCAGAGUAUUUACGUGCGCGCUCGCCGGUGUGUCACCUUGCUGAACACGGUGGUGGUGGAGGAUCCGAGUGUCUGAGAAGCCCGAAGAAGAAUAAAACACCGCAGACAUGGCAGAAGCGUCGCAGUCAGUAAAACCCAAAAGCUCCCCAAAGUCCAUCAAGUUCCUGUUCGGAGGCUUGGCUGGGAUGGGGGCUACGGUGUUUGUUCAGCCGUUGGACCUGGUGAAGAACAGGAUGCAGUUGAGCGGUCAGGGUUCGAAGGCUCGUGAAUAUAAGACGAGUCUGCACGCUGUGGCCAGCAUCCUGCGCAACGAAGGAAUUCGGGGCAUUUACACAGGUCUCUCGGCCGGUCUCCUCAGGCAGGCGACCUACACCACCACUCGUUUGGGGAUUUACACAAUUCUGUUCGAGAAACUGACAAAAGCAGACGGAACUCCUCCGAAUUUCUUAAUGAAGGCGCUGAUCGGAAUGACGGCCGGAGCAACGGGAGCGUUCGUCGGCACUCCGGCUGAGGUGGCGCUCAUCCGCAUGACCGCAGAUGGACGUCUUCCCCUUGAUCAGAGGAGGGGUUACACAAAUGUCUUUAAUGCCCUCAUCCGGAUCACCAGGGAGGAGGGACUCACAACACUGUGGAGGGGCUGUAUACCCACCAUGGCCAGGGCAGUGGUAGUGAACGCAGCACAGCUGGCUUCUUAUUCACAAUCUAAACAGGCUCUGCUGGACACAGGUUAUUUCUCCGAUGAUAUCCUGUGUCAUUUCUGUGCCAGUAUGAUCAGCGGGCUCGUCACCACAGCCGCCUCCAUGCCAGUCGACAUCGCUAAAACCAGGAUCCAGAACAUGCGCAUGAUCGACGGCAAGCCAGAGUACAAGAACGGACUCGACGUGCUGGUGAAGGUGGUGAGGAACGAGGGCUUCUUCAGCCUGUGGAAGGGUUUCACGCCGUACUACGCCCGUCUCGGCCCACACACCGUCCUCACCUUCAUCUUCCUCGAGCAGAUGAACAAGUUCUACAAGAUCUACUUCCUGGACUCGUAGAGUCUUAACGGGAACCCGAGCAGCUCGGGUCGGUCGAGGUUCUGAGCCGUUCUCGGGGGUCUGUGUGUGAGUGUGUGUGAGUGUGUGUGAGUGUGUGUGAGUGUGUUCUAACACGCCCUCCUUGACUUCCGCCGACUUUCCCCUGCUAGGAAAGUAAAGUUGUGUCGAUCUCUCACACUGUAACGUAACGCUUCUGAAGACGAAGGGGAAGUCAGCAAGGGCGUGAUUGAAAAGGCAUUUGGAACACAGCCUCUAGUCUUACUCUCCCACUGAUCUUCUCAUCAUCAGCUGUGUGUCCUUUUCUUUCACACGCCGACCCCGAGAGACUCGGCUCAGAACCCUGCGCCGUUUAUCGGACUUUCAGUACAACCUAUACGAAGAAGAAGAAAAAGUUCCUGUCUUGUACAUGAAGCUACUCAUCGACACAUUUCUCACUUUAUUUUCUGCUCCUAAAUUAAAGACUGAAUCAGAAUUUCUUGGUGUGAAUCCGAUCUUAGUGAUGGUGUGUGUGUGUGAGAGAGAAACCAAGUUUCUCUGCUGUUAGUUUUACCAACAUACUGUACAAAAAUAACAGUGUUAAAUCAGCGCACAGGGUAAAAAAAACGUUAAAUUUAACAUAACAUGAUCCGCUUGUGCACUGUAAUUAUACUUUUAUAAGCCGAACAUGGAUUGGACUGGAUAUCUCGGCCAAGACAUGAAUAAGAAUGAAAAAUAAAAUUUGUAUUUAGAGAUUAUUGAGAGAGGCUGAAUUUCCUCGUAGCUGCUUGGAGGUAAAAAUCGUUUAUAAAAUUUUCCAUUUGAGAAGGAGGCAGCGUUUUGUCCUGGGAUCAAAUCUGUCUUCUUUUCAUCUGGAUUCAUUUAAAGGCAGCGUCAUGUGUCCUUCUCAGAGAAGAACAGAAAUACAGCACUGUAGUGUCCUAAUAAAUAAUCUGAUAAAGGGUUAUGUGUUCUAAAUAAAUUUAUAUAUAUAAAUUAAAUAAAAUAAAAUGUUGUGAUAUGAGGUUAUAUCAGCACAUGUCUGCAGUUUUGUUUUUUUUUUGUCUUUUUCUUCAGCAGUUUCUUGCAACGUGUCAUGUUUAAGACUCAACACUAAAUGUGAAUCCUGCAGUGCAUCUUUAUUUCUUUCUGAAAACAAACAGUUCAGAUUUCUGCCUAGUUCAGUCAUUAAUUCUUCCUUUUCUUUAUUUUUUUACCUGUUCUCAUACUAGGGUUUUAAAGCAUGUGUAAAACCUCUCAAUGUUGUCAUUCUCAGUGUUUUAGUUUUUGUUGUUUUCCCCUUUUUUGUUUGGCAUACCACCCAUAGACAAGUUAAGGAUAUUAAAAUAUAAUUAAUAUUGGAACAAAUUCA